AUGUCUUCUGACGAACAUAUUAAGUCGAUGGAUGAAAAUGAUGGUCAAGAAGACAAAUACCAACCUAAAAAAAGAAAGAGAAGUACGCAAAGUUUUAGCAUUAAGAAGGAAAAAGGAAAAGAAGCA